UGGACCAGGAGAAUUGACCGGCCCGAUGUCUAGCGGGCCGAAUAUGCUCAAGUUUAUCUGGGGGAAGGGUCAGGGACCCUCGGCGGAGAGAGUCAAGAUUCAGAAACAACUCUUCGGGUUUAGCAGAGAAAUCAGCCACGGGUUUCCAACCAAACCCUCCUGCUUAGCCUGGGACCCAGAACUGAAACUCAUGGGUUUAGCUGCAAAGAACGGAAGAAUCCUUGUUUAUGGAAAACCAGGAGUAGAACUGGAGUUUGAUCUAGAUGAUGAAGCAGGAAUCAAUAAACUCAUUUUUAUUCCAGGGCAAGGACGCCUUAUUUGUAUUUCAACGGACAACUAUAUCCAUCUAAUGGAGAUAUCGGAGCAAAAACUAACCCUGGUUAAAUCCACCCAUAUGGAGGGAAGGUUGAAAACUGUCUCCGCUCUCUGCCUAGAGUCUGCUAAGAAAAGAGUUCUCCUGGGAACAGAGGGAGGAAAUAUUUAUCUUCUCCGGCUCUGGAACUUAACCCUGGAACAGGAGAUCAUUUUCCAGGAUAAAGUCGUGAAAGAUGUUCCAGAUUCAUUCAAGGUAAAUCCUGGAGCUGUAGAAUCCAUCCUGGAGCAUCAGACGGAUAUGAAUCAGGUCCUGAUUGGGUUUACCCGAGGACUAGUUGUGCUCUGGGAUAAAAGUGAACAGACAGCUCUCAAACAUUUUGUUUCCCAGCAGCAACUAGAAUCACUUUCAUGGAUCAGAGACACACAGUUCGUCUCAUCACACAAUGACGGAAGUUUUAUAAUUUGGGAUUCUGUCUCAGGGUCCCAAGAAGAGCCCCCAAAUACCCCGUAUGGUCCUUAUCCAUGUAAAUCCAUAACUAAGCUGUACGGGAAUGGGAAGGGAGAAGAUGUUUGGAAGAUUUUCUCCGGUGGGAUGCCAAGAGCAAGCUACGGAGAUAAAUUCACAGUUACAGUGAUGAAGAACGAUGACGAUCAUGUAGUACUGGAUUUAACAAGUAAAAUAAUUGAUUUCCAGGUACUGGAGAACACAGAGGGGCUCCCGGACUCUCUUCUGGUUCUGAGUGAAGAGGAGCUGGUGGCGAUAGAUCUAAAAUCAGCAGGUUGGCCACAGUACGAGGUUCCGUAUCUUCACUCCAUCCAUGCCUCGGCAAUAACAUGCCUGACACAAGCAACAAAUCUCAAGCAUUCGGUAGUUGAGGAGAUCAGUAAGUACAAAGCUGUGCAGCAGAGUGUUAGUAUUAAUCCUUGGCCGGUCACAGGAGGCGAGGUUUCCGCUGCAGGAGAUUCUUCUCAUAAUCUUCUUAUAACUGGACACGAGGACGGUUCUGUCAGGUUCUGGGGUUUGCAUGGAAUCACUAUGACGCCGUUAGCCACCUUUAAGUCUUCUAAAUUCUUUAAAACUGACGAUUUUGACGAUGACGAGAACAGGAUUGAUGAGGAGGACGAAGAGGAAUGGCCGCCGUUCCGUAAAGUUGGAAUGUUUGAUCCGUUCAGCGAUGAUCCACGCCUGGCAGUGAAGAAAGUUGGUUAUUGUGCCGAGACAAACCAGCUCAUGGUUGGAGGAACAGCUGGUCAGGUUCUAGUCUGUGCUCUCGGAGAAGCCAAGGAAGAAUCAUUGAAAAUUUGCAAGGCAGACAUUGUAACGGAAAAAGAGGGAUUCACAUGGAAAGGUCAUCAACCUCUGUUGGCUAAAGGAACCAGUCUAAAGAUGGAAGCAGGUUGGCAGCCCAAGGUAGUUCUACAAAUAGCUCCUCCUGCUAGUAUAACUGCUUUAACCUUUAGUAAGGAGUGGGGUGUACUCGGAGCAGGAACUGCUCAUGGUUUUGUUCUUCUGGAUUACAACUUCUUUCAUGUUAUCUCCGCUCGAUCAACCCUUAACGCACAGGACAUCGCUAACGCCGAUGAUAACCCCAUGUCCCGCCGAAAAUCCUUGAAAAAAUCGCUCCGUGAAUCCUUUCGUAGAUUGAGAAAAGGUCGCUCCCAGAGGAACCCGGACAAAAAGAAACCCGUGAGUCAGACCAACGUUAUAAGAUCGGAGUCUCCUGAGGCCAGACCAGUAGAGCGACAAAUUGAAGCUCGAGGUUCGACCAGCGAGGACGGACUCGGUUCGAUGGUUCGAUGUCUUCACUUUGCCAAAACAUAUAUUGCUACUCCUACUAGUACAAGUCCAACGCUGUGGGCGGGUACAACUUGUGGACAAGUUCUAGUCUUCCUGCUCAAUAUAACUCCGGAGGAUAAGAGGAAGAACGACAAGAUCACGGCUGUCCUGGCUAAAGAAAUCCAGCUCAAGCAUCGAGCUCCUGUCAUCGACAUUGUAGUUUACGACUCCGGUGGCCUCCCUGUUAAAGGUGAGGGUGAGUUUCCUUUGCCGCAUAAAGUUCUAAUUGCUAGUGAAGAACAGUUCAAAAUCUUUCUGCUACCCAAUCUGAAACCGAGCGGGAAGUAUAAGUUGACCGCACAGGAAGGAGCGAGGGUUCGGAAGAUCCGUAGCGUAACCUUUGCAAGCAAAGAAAAACCUAGUCUAUCGGAAAACUGUGUCGCGUUCUUAACAAACCUCGGAGAAAUUUCCAUUCUAGUUUUCCCUGAGCUACGUCGUCAAGUUACAACCAGUGCGAUCAAGAAAGAGGACGUGGUUGGAAUUUCGAGUCUUGCUUUUUCCGAGUCUGGAGACGGAGUUUAUAUGAGCAGCAGCUCCGAACUCCAGGUUCUCACUGUAGCAGCUGCCAGGGUUGGGUUCUGCAGCUCCGGGAAAGGACGUGUGGUGGUUCCUCUGCAGAAUCGAGCCUCCGAGGAUCCAACGGAGACAGAUAGACAAGCAGAUCUGCAGAAUCAGCAGAAUGAAAGGGAAGCUGAGCAGAAUGGUCCACAAGCCAGAGCAUCUCCCAGAUCUCUGAGCGACGAGAACGGAUUAGAUUCACACAACGAGACCAACAUAUCCGAGGCUAGUGGAGACAUCACCCUGGACAGUGUCAAGGAUCACAUGGUCUCCCAGUCCCUGGAGAUCAAUAUCACUGAAACUCCGUCCGGAUCCAGGACGGAGAGGAUUGAGACUAUCUCCAGAACAAUGGAGUCUGUGAGUAUCAGAACUGAGCACCUUGUUUCACCGGAAAUAACGGCUCCGAGCUCAUUCAGCAUAGGACAAGACGGAGCAGGAGAAUCGGCGGCCGAACCAUCAGAAAAUUGAUUCUGCAACUACGACCUUUCAAUUGUUUUCCCCUUUCUUAUCCAAAAGAAAGACGUAUUUAAUCAAGAAUCAAUUUAUUAAAAUAAAAAAGUGUUGUCUCUGGUUUGUAAAUAGAUUUUGUGAUUUCUGUUGUUUUCAAUAUUUACUUUUAUUAAAUUCACUGCACAGUUCAUAGUACAUUAUCAGUACAGCGUACAUAGUACGAAACAGAGUCCAUUGUACAGUUUCAGGGUACGAUUUCAAGUUCAUUGUACUGAAAAGUAUCUGUUCACGUUCUAUCUGAAGGACCAAUCGUUUCCAACCUCGUUCAAUUUUCAAUAUUUUAAACUAACCCAAGAGAAUCAGUUGAACUAUUUUUUCUGUUUAAACACUUUUAUUAAACUCUAAUUUUUAUAAUGAACAAAAAUAAUAUCGUCAAUAUGGUUAAGAUAAAAACAUGACAAAAUAAAAAUUUAUAAAAUAAGCUUUAAAGGACUGUCACCGUAUUCUAAAGUGAUUCUUCAAGUUCUGCAAAAAAAAUGGCCAAGAUUUUUGCCAUUUCGGUUCUAACACAUUAAUCAGAGGGGUCUUUUGUAAAUCCUACAUGGCAAUCUGUAAAUGAUCUGCUACUUAAAAUUUUGUUGACAUUCUUUUACAAAAUAUUUGUUUAACACAAUGCAGCUGGACGAAUUAGUCUGUAAUAUAUAAAUGCUUUAAUACUAGUUAACUAGAAGCUUCAGUGUAUUUAUGUCGAGUUUAACACGAAAGAUAAAACCAAAAUCUUUGGCAAAUAUCAUUCCAAUGUUUUGACUUUAAAUAUUGUAUUUUUGUACACCCUAAAAUAGUCGUUUAAAUAUAUUAACCUUGGUUU